AUGUACCACGACGUGCGCAAGCGCUUGCCCUUCUACGUCAGCGACUGGACCGAGGGGCUCAAGCCUCGCAACCUCGAGCGCGUCGUCGGCGCCACCCUCAAGAUGUACUUUCUCAACGUCAUGCCCAUGCUCGCCUACAUCAUCGACAUGUACGUGCGCACCGACGGCACCUACGGCGUCAACGAGGGCCUGCUCGCGUCCGCCCUCCCGGCCCUCGUCUUUGCCGUCCUGUCGGUCCAGCCUCUCACCAUUGUCGGCGUGACGGGCCUCAUCAACCUGUUUAACUAUACGACGUUCGACAUUCUGCGCGACUACGACGUCGACUACAUCCAGUUCCAGGCCUGGGUCCUCAUCUGGUCCGCCAUCACGCACUGGAUCGUCGCCGUGUUCAACAUCUGCGACUACACCCGCUUCGUCACCGACAUGACGAGCGAGACGUUUGGCCUCUAUGUCGGCGUCAUCUACAUCCAGAAGGGCAUCGAGUUGCUCGUGUACGAGUUUGACGACGGCACGGGCCAGUCGGGCUGGUUCAGCGUCGUCAUCGCCAUGCUGUUCGCCCUCACGGUCUACUUCACCGAGCGUUCGGGCACGCUGCACUUUGGCCCCUUCUGGUUCCGCAAAUUUCUCGUCGACUAUGCCUUUGCGGCCGCCGUCAUCCUCUACACCGGUUUCGUGCACAUCCCCGGGUACAUCAAGGACGCCGACAUCCAGUUCCUGCCGAUCACGUCGACGUUCAACCCGACCCUCAACCGUGACUGGGUCGUUCCGUUCUGGUCGCUCCCCGUCAAGUGGGUUUUCGUCGCGCUGCCUUUCGGUUGCCUCGUGACCCUCCUCUUCUACUUUGACAACAACGUCAGCUCCGUCAUGGCCCAGUCGCGCGGCUUCCCCGUCAAGCGUCCCGCCGGCUUCCACUGGGACUUCUUCCUCCUCGGCUGCACGACGUUCGUCUCGGGCGUCAUCGGCCUUCCUGCGCCCAACGGCCUCGUCCCGCAGGCGCCCGUUCACACGGAGAGCCUGAGCGAGACGCACCUCAUCCCGGCCCAGACCGAGGUGAGCGAGGGCGGCUUCUUCGAGGGCGACGUCAAGGAGGCGAGGGAGCACGACGAGAGGAGGAUCGAGCAGGGCGCCGAGAGGGCGCCGAUGAAGGUCGUCAGGACGAGGGUCGUCGAGCAGAGGCUCCUCAUCCUCGGCACCAUGUCUCGCCCGCUCCUCGUCGUCCUCGGCCUCAUGUCGCGCGCCAUGUUCGCCGGCAUCUUCAUCGUCGUCGGCUGGGGCUCGGUCGAGGGCAACGGCAUCGUGCACAAGACGCUGUACCUCUUGCGCGACCGUCGCAUGACGCCCUCGACGCACCCGCUGUACAACAUCAGCCGCCGCUCCAUCUUCCGCUUCGUCGCGAUCCAGUGGAUCUUCUUUGCGGCCAUCAUCGCCAUUUCGGAAACUAUCGCCGGAAUCGGGUUUCCGGUCAUCAUCAUCGUCCUCAUCCCUGUCCGGUACUACCUCGUGCCGCGCAUGUUCACGCCCGAGGAGCUCCUCGCGCUCGACGCGCCGACCGCCAACUCGGCCGCCGUCCUCGUCUCGCUCGGCGGACCGCUCCAGCCCGAGCGUUCGGGCGACGAGGAGGCGGUCGAGCUCGGGCCGGGCAGGACGAGCGUCAAGGACCGCGAGCAGGACGAGGGCUUGCGCAGGCGGUUGACAAGGGAGGAGGUCGAGCGGGAGCGCGGCGUUUUCGGCGGCGAGGCGGGCCUGCAGCGCGAGGGGUCGCUCAAGAGGUAGACAAUCUGUAUAUAGAUGGCCUCUUAG